AUUGCCUCACCUGCAGCUUUCGCCCGUUGCUUGCCAGCCUCGCCUCGCCUCGCUUGCUUCAGAUCCAAACCCGAAGGGUUUCAGCCCGGAGGUGGCGGCGGAGGGCGGCGGCAAGGAUGAAGCAGCCUCGGGGACGGCAGGAGCCGCGGAGGAUGGGCAACGCCGCGAUGGUGAUCACCAUGCUGCUCUCCCUCUGCGUCCUCACCUACAUCAAGGCGCGAUACUGCUCCAACCCAUUCCCCAAGGCGGCGGACGAGCUGGAGGUGGUGGAGAUCGACGAGGACUACGACAGCACGAGGUACAAGCUCGACGGCCCCAUAGGGGAGGAGGACUUCGACCCGAGCCGGCCGACGUGCUACCCGACGAGCAAGCGCUCGGAGCGGUGCGCGGCGGUGGGGGACAUCCGAGUCGACGGCAACCACUCCAACAUCUACAUCAGCCCGCUAGAUAAGGAGUGGAAGACCAAGCCGUACGCGCGCCGGCACGACGCCGUCGCCAUGGACGAGGUCCGCGAGUUCACCCUCCUCCCCUUCGGCGGGGACAACGACACCGCCGUGCCGCCGCUCUGCACCAGGAACCACUCGGUGCCGGGGUUCCUCUUCUCCAACGGCGGAUUCGCCGGCAACCUCUACCACGACUACACCGAUGUGCUCGUGCCGCUCUUCACCAGCACGCACCACUUUGGGGGCGAGGUGCAGUUCAUGAUCAGCGGGAUAAAGGACUGGUGGGUCGACAAGUUCACGCCUCUCUUCCGGCAGCUCUCCAAGUACGACAUCAUCGACGUCGACAAUGACCAGGAGGUGCACUGCUUCCCGCGAAUCGUCAUCGGCGCCACCUUCCACCGGGCCAUGGGCAUCGACCCCACGCGCGCGCCAGGGGGCGUCACGGUCGCCGACUUCAAGCGCCUCCUGCGCCGCACGUUCCGGCUGGAGCGCGCCGUGGCGUCGCGGACGGGCGCUCCGCGCAGGGAUAGGCCCCGCCUGCUCAUCAUCUCCCGCAAGAGCUCCCGCCGGUUCCUCAACGAGCGCGCCAUGGCGCACGCCGCCGCCCUGGCCAAAUUCGACGUGCGCAUCGCCGAGCCGGACAACCACACUGACAUGCCCAACUUCGCGCGGCUGGUGAACUCGGCGGACGUCAUGAUGGGCGUGCACGGCGCCGGGCUGACCAACAUGGUGUUCCUCCCCAGCCGCGCCGUGCUCGUCCAGGUGGUGCCCUUCGGCGGCCUCGAGUGGCUCACCCGCGUCACGUUCAAGGACCCGGCCAGGGACUAUGACGUCAACUACAUGGAGUACAACGUCUCGCUGGAGGAGAGCUCGCUCAGGGACCUCUACCCCGAGGACCAUUUCUACCUCAAGCACCCGUACGACGUGCACAAGAAGGGCUGGGACGCCAUCAAGACGGUGUACCUCGACAAGCAGAACGUGAGGCUCAACCUGACGAAGUUCACCAAAACGCUGGAAGAGGCGCGCGAUCUCUUGCCCUGAUUCCCAUUCGGAGCUGCAAUUGCAGGUGGUAGAUAGGCUCAUGCCUUCAAACUCUUUGGUUUUGCUUCUUUUCUCUUCUUCUUGGUUUUUUGCUCUCGUGGCAAGAUUUCUUUCUUUCAUUGUUUUUUGGUGGAGGAGGAGAGGAACGAAACAAGGUUCGUGUCAUAGAUAAGUGUCCAGGGUUAAUUUACACACACACACUCUCUCUCUCUUUCUCUCUGUAAAUUGAUUGAUUGUCGAUAAAUGCAAGACAUGAAAAAAGGUAAAUUAUUUGUC